AUGAAGUUUUCAAUGAUUUUUCUUGUUAGCAACAUUCUACUUGUUCUAAGUUCACCAGCAUUUGCCAAAACUGUAAGUCCACCGGCACCGAUCGCGCCAACACCGACUCCAACUCCGGCCCCAGCACCUGCACCAGAUUAUGUAAACCUUACUGAACUACUCAAUGUUGCUGGUCCAUUUCACACUUUUCUCGGAUACCUCGAAUCCACGAAAGUGUUGGACACAUUCCAAAACCAAGCAAACAACACUGAAGAAGGAAUCACUAUCUUUGUACCACAAGACAGUGCCUUCAAUUCAUUGAAGAAACCUUCUCUAUCCAAACUCAAAGAUGAUCAAAUCAAACAAGUGAUCCUUUUCCAUGCAUUGCCACAUUUCUAUUCUCUUUCUGAUUUCAAAAACCUUAGCCAAACUAGCUUUACUCCCACAUUCGCAGGAGGCGAUUACACGCUGAAUUUCACCGAUGAUUCAGGAACCGUUCGCAUUAACUCAGGAUGGUCUAUUACUAAAGUAACAAGUGCUGUUCAUGCAACUAACCCUGUUGCAAUUUAUCAAGUUGGUAAGGUCUUACUUCCCGAGGCUAUUUUCGGAACUGAUAUUCCUCCUGCACCGGCUCCAGCGCCUACGCCUGAUAUCGCGCCUGCUGCUGAUUCUCCAACUGAAAAAAGUGCUGACAGUAAAUCUUCGUCGCCUUCGUCUUUGCCUGAUGGCUCUUCUGCUUACAAGGUACUGAGCUAUGGAAUCUGGAGCAACAUUGUGUUGGCAACUUGUGGUGUAUUGGUGAUGUUGUUGUGA